AUGGCAAGGGUGAAACACUACUUUCACAAGCUCUCGAAGGAGUCUAGAGUGGUUCGACAAGAACGGCAAAUUCGACAGCGACAGCGACGAAGGCAGCAGCAUGUCCCCAGCUACAACCCAUAUCUAGAUAGCAGCAGAAGCCGCUCACAUUUUGCUGACACUGAAGAUGAAGAUGGGAUUGAUUACAAUUACGACGAAGAUGGAAACGUGACCGAACGUGAGAUUCCCUCCACGUGCUAUGUCCCGACGCCGGCCAACUCGUCCAUUCAAAUAUCAGAAUCAUCAUCAACAUCAGAAGAAGAAGGAGGAGGAAAAGGAGGAGGAAAAGGAGGAGGAAAAAGAGGAAGAAUAGACGGAGACGGAGACGAGACUUUUUAUUCAACAGCUAAAUUGGCAACUGCGAUGGCGGCAUCAUUCUCGGAAUCAGCAACGACGAACUCGUAUGCAUCAAAUAACUCAGCGGGCUUUGUAUCGCCUCCUAGGUCUCCUUACUCCCUGUCGCUGAAGUUUAAAUUGCCGCGAGUAGCUUCGGAAGAUGCAAGCUUUACCAUUGUCAAAGUUGACAAGUUGCAGUUUAGCAAGCGUGGAACAUUGUUGAAUUUCAAAACAAGAAAGCAAGAGCAGCAGGAACGGUUAGCUAAGCAUCAUAAGGAGCGAGAACUGCAGUCUUUACAAGGAAAACAGGGCGAAAAAGCUCGUUCUGUGCGAGGUGUCAGCAGACUGAAGAAUCUCAGAACGAGAAGAUUGAAACCCGGAUUGCGAGAAAAUGGUCCCGAGUCGGGGUCAGUGUCGGGUUCAAACGUGGAGAAUAAAACGGAUGCUUCUGGCGAGCACAAGAGGAACGAUGGUUUAUCACUGGACAGAGCUGCUGCUGCUGCUUCUGAAAAGACAAGAACGAGAUUGAACCGAGGAGAGGGAGUGCGAGAAGUACUCGAAAAAGCUGCAGGUGCAGGUGCAGGUUCAGGUGCAACGGCAACGGCAACGGCAACGGCGACUGAAGCUGAAGCUGAAGCUGGGGUGGAUGAAGAUGCGCAGUUGAUCUCAGAUGCAGCCUCUUUCCAACCAAGUUAUCUUCGACUUCUUAACGAUACCGAGGAUGAAGUUUCGUUAAAGAGGUCAGCUUCGUCCAGGACGAUUGAUUCGAAAUUCACGCCCUCUUUUAUUGCAACUACGGGGCCAUUGAUCUUGACUGGGACGCGUGCAUCAGCGACAACUACGAAAUCUGUCACUACCACGACCACGACUACAACCACAACCACGUUUUAUCAACACCAUCCUGCAAACGACGUGGGCAAGAAGUAUGUCUGUGUGGUUGAUAACCAAGCUGUUCACACGUCCUCUAGUGCUUCAAUUCAGGAAACUGACGAGGAGCUCAAGAAGAAACCGCAGAAGCUGCUCCUGUAUUUGAGAAAAUCACGGGGAAAUGAUGCCGAAAAUGAGGCGCGUGGUAAAGCCGAUAAAGAGGGGAAAAAAGGAGUAGAAGACGUCGAAGAAGGCGCCACGGCGUCGGCGGCGACGACGACGUUGAACAAGACGACGAACAAGACAAAGAUUGGUGGAAUUGGUGAAAACGUUUCCAAGAACCUGGAGGAAGGUGAAGAUCUCCGAUGGUUUCAACGAGUCCACAAGUAUUUCAAUACAAAAAAAAAGGGCAGAAGGCUCUUGCUUCUGCUUCUGCUGCCUCAUCAUGAUGCACCGACGGCAAAGACCUUUAGAGACGAAGAAACAGCUGCUGGUGCUGCUGCCGCCGCCGCCGCCGCCGCCGCUUCUUCUGCUGCAGCGGCAUCAUCUUCAAAGGAGACUUUGGUCCUUCAAGCUCCACCUUCCGCGAUGCCUAGUGACAAGUCGAAGCAAGGCUCAGCGGUGAAAUUGACCGGAAGCUACGCCAAUGUCAGUAUAUCCAGGUCAUUGAGCGAUGAUGCUCCAGUGAUUCCCUUGACGCGUUCGACUCAAGAACAAAAUCUUGCCAAAAGGCCAUCAUCUCAACCGCACAAUUUCCAGCAACAGACGUCUCGCAUGGUUAUGACGCCAGUGACGAAUACCACGGCAAUGUUGACGAAUCCGAUCAUUCGGAAACCUACAAGAUCCUACCUGUUUUAUUCUCACGACAACACAAAGUCGCUGAAUAUUAAUUUAGUGGAGUAUAUUCAGAACUUGAACCAACAAAAGAUGGACGUCAAGAUGAUGACGAUGCUGAGAAACGGCGGUGCUUCUGCGUUGGCUGCAGAUGGAAAUCAACUGCAGUCAAGCAUGGGAGAAAGACAAAAGCUGUUUGGAAGGAUGGCAAGUCUUGGAGAUGGUUCAAUUGCAGAUAAUGAAGCGGGAGGCGAGCAAGCGUUUGGAUUAAGCAGAACCAAUGUGCUUCUUCGACGGAAAAACAAGAUGAACAAGUAUGGAUCUGGAGGUGAUGCAGAUACAGAUGCAGCUGCAGCUGCUGACGACGGGGAAGGAGAAGAAGACGAAAAUGGCGAAGACGAUAACGAAGCCCACCGGGCAGCUCAAGAAGAUCUUGAGAUUUUCUUUGGUGGUUAUUGUGACGAGCAGAAUGCUAAAAGCAUCGAUGAGCAUUCGAGUGUUGAGAAAAAAUUUUACGAUUUGACUGGUGCCUUGUAUUAUAUCGUCAAUGAUCGAGAAGAGAAAAAACUGGUGCUGCUGUCGGGUCGCCAUGCAGGCGGCACGCAUGUGGUCAAGGGUAGUGACAGCCCAAAGAAGGCUGCGUUUGCUGCUACGGCUAAAAAGAUUACAGCUACGGCAACGCCGUGUUUGGUUCCACAAGCGGGCAAACUGAGUGAAGCCGGUGUGCCACUCUCAGCGCCUUGUGUACUGGAGGGGGGAUCCAGCGCGCGUGGAGCAGCUGCUGGAUCAGCUGGUGGAGCAGGUGUUGGUUGUGCUGCUGGUGUGGGCGUCAACAAGUCUGCGAUGGAAGCCAAGUUGAAAGAAGAGAAUGAAUUGAAGAGGAUCCAGUUGCAGCAAAUGCAAAUGAAUUAUCAUCAUCUCCAGUAUAAAAGCCCCGGUAAUAACAUUUUUGCAAAGAGAAGAUUGGGAUUGGGACAAGUUCAAUCUACGGUUCAGAAUAUUGAGGAACGUCAGAAGCAGGAGCAGUUGCUGCUGCUGCUGCUGCAAGAAGUCCAAAAGUGGAAGAACGAAGAAGACCGCACGGAAGAACGCAAGGAAGGAAGUGCGCUCGAGAAGAAAGUUUUGGCCAAUGGCGGAACCAGUGACGGAGAAGCCAAAGCUGUUGCGAUGGCUACUGCUGCUGUAGCAGUAGGUGCAGUCGGUGCAGUUGCAGUUGCUGGAGUCAAGGGCAAUGAAAGAGGACAAGAUGAAAAAGAAGGUGAAGAAGAUGCCGCAGAAGUAGAAGGGGAGGAAGAAGAGGAGAGUUUGGAAAGUUCCAAUGAUGGCGAUGAUGAGCAAAGCUGUGAAGGGUUCGAAUGUUACGACGCUCAAGUUUUCAGCUACUUAAGCUCGAACUGA